UCGUUUCAUUCUAUCUCUUCUACUUCUUGUUUCUACUUUCAGUAAGAUCUAUUAGAGGAGCGGCCAAAGGAAGAAAGAAAAAGAAGAAAAAAAUGGUUAAGUUUACAGUCUUGGUGUUGUCAGCCACGGCAUCAGAGCCUAAAUAAUUCAAGGUAGGCAGAUCUUGGUGUUCUUUUCUCUGUAGCCCGUCUUUGUCUUCUUAAUUCUCUCCAUGUUUUUGUUUGUAUUUUCCUUCACUCCUACAGUUCCCGUUGUUUAGAAAAGAAAAUUCUAUGCCAUCAAACUACCCAGAGCUUGAAUUAAUAGAUUCUUUCAGAGCGAAUGUGAACACUAA